GAGUGGUUCACGGUGUACGAGCACAACCGGCCCCUGCGCUGCACGGCCUCGGAGCUGGUGAUGGGCAACGAGUACCUGUUCAAGGUGUUCAGCGAGAACCUGUGCGGGCUGAGCGAGAAACCGGGGCUGUCCUGCAACACGGCCGUCAUCCCCAAAGCGGAGCUGCGGCUGAAGCCCCCCCAGUACCAGGAGCACGAUUUCCGCUCGGCGCCGCAGUUCCUGACGCCGCUGGUGGAUCGCAGCGCCGUGGCCGGAUACUCCACCGCCCUCAACUGCGCCGUCAGGGGGCACCCCAAGCCCAAGGUGGUGUGGCUCAAGAACCAGAUGGCCAUCGGGGAUGACCCCAAGUUCCUGGCGCGGCACAGCCAGGGGGUGCUGACGCUGCUGAUCCGCAAGCCGGGGCCCUUCGACGGCGGCACCUACACCUGCAGGGCUGUCAACGAGCUGGGCGAGGCCCUGACCGAGUGCCGCCUCGAAAUUCGGGUGCCCCAGUGAUGGUGACAAAAAAUGAGCCACGGGCCCAUGGUGGUGAGGAAGAAGAGUGUGUGGGUGACGAAGGCCCCAUGAGCCCCAAUAAAAAUAAAGAAUCUGAGCAAUCC